AUGCUCGACUCAAGCGGCGACCCUGCGAACAACCUGGCCGAUUACUGGCAGGAGCGAUCGACUCGAGAGGCCUUGGAUCUAGUGGUCGAAGGAUUUAGCCGUCUGAUCAGCCAAUCAGAAGUUGACCGGAUAGGUAUCGAUAUUAUACAGGAGAUAUCGUCUGGAGGAACAUUCUCGGCCCUCUCUAUUCACCAAAUCAACUCGCAGGAAGAUCUCUUGCAUCGAUUACACUCACACCUUCUACCCCUCCUCAACAACCAAAUCAACACGCUCUCUCUAUUGCUAAUCCCAUCUGGUUUAUGGAAAGAACCGGCGAGAACAAUCAAGCUCAUCCUACAGACCCAAACCGAAUUCCAGGACACAAUAGAUCAAUUCAAAUCAAUCAUCACUACUGUCUGUCGAGGAAUCACGUCCGAGAAAGGCGAACCAAAGACCAGCACCUCAAAGGUUUAA